AUGAGAUGGUGGAGGAGAAGGAUGUGGAGAUUCAGCGAGAUCUCCGGGAUGUGGAACCGAAAGCCAGUGCCAUUUCGAGAGAUACACCGCAAUCUUCCGACGACAUGUCGGAGCAAGGCCAGGUUCAUUUUGGAGAAAGCGCAUGGACUUUUCCUUUUGUCAUUGGUUCCUGCCGGUCUGUGGGACGUGACCUUCUCCAUUCUGCUGUUGCUAUUGAAUUUGGGUAUGCAAGCAGCAUUCACAAUCAUCAUUUCGACGGAUGAUUUCAAGGGCAUCCCAUUUUGGCGUCAAAUCAACUAUGCGAAGCGAUGGCGCGUCAGUGUGGCCCACAACCAUCAAUAUUUGGACCUGUCUGGGAGGAGCUUGGUGUCGCGCGUUUGCGCUGUGGAUGGGGCAUUGAUUCUAUCCAACACACAAGCCACCCUGGUGGAGCAGAUCAACAGCUUCUUGGGAUUGCAGGAGGAUCAGUUCGAGGCCUCCUUUUUUCAGCCCGGAUCCUUGCUUUGCAUGCUUUGUAUCUCGAAGGGUUUGGUCAGCUUUUGGUCAACUCCACUUUCAUUUGGAAUGCUCGGUUUGGAAGCGGUGUGGCAGAUCCCUCGCUCCAACCAUUCGAUCUUCCGCAAAAAUACCUUGCGCAGAAUCUGCAAAGUUCGCUUCAUAAUUAUUUUAUUCACAUAUUUGGCACGCGCAGCCAUAGCCGCGCUACUUCUUGGCGCGGGAAUUCGGUGGCUUGCUCGUACCACAUCCAUCACUGAUUUGAUGCUCAAUUGUGUGGCACUGAGUGCAAUCCUGGAUGUAGACGAGUUUCUGUUUGCCAGCUUCACUCCGGUCUCGAUCCAAGUGGCGGUCCAGAACUUGAAACCUGUCAAGAUGCAGUACGGCCGACAGCGAAGCCAGAUUGAGAGCUUCGGCUUGCUGAUUCUGCUGAUCAGCACGCUGCUGAUACCCUACUUUCUCUUAUUGCAACCGCUAGCUGAAUCGAUGAUUACCGUGAAAAAAGAGCUCUGUAGUUUUGGCAAUCAAACCUUCGUGGUAGGACACAAUUCAGAAACCCAGCAAAAUCUUGGACUUGUGACCAAAAGCGUCUUCGAUGAUUCAAAUCUCAGCCUGACCGAAUUGGCUGUUGACAGCCACAAGUUCAACACAGGAUUUGAAGAGCCAUACAUCCUCUUCUUCGCUGCCAAUGCUCGUGCUUUUGACCAGUACCUCAAUUGGGACAUGGCUGCAGAAGUGUCGGAAUGGGGGUUCUGUAUCGAAACAGCGAUGCAGUCAGGUGGCUCACUAUAUGGAGAUCCUCUCAUUCAACCUGUCGUGGGGACGAUGCUUCGGAUGGCAGGUGCCAGCCUGGGCCGAUUGGAUCUUGAUGACAGGGCUUGUGCCGAUUUAAAGUUGGAUUGUUCUCUCCCCGAUGCACGGCUGCUGCGAAUGGUUUGUGGUGCUACCUGUGGAUGCAAUGAUCCUUACGCCUCGGCUUGGCAUAAGGUGCCAUCGCAGGGGUGUAUCCCAGCCUGCUUGCAACACGCCACUGACCAGUUGGCGGCAUCAACUUGCGAAGACCAAAUCGUGGCAGAGGAGUGGGAACUCUUUUGGAACACCUACCCAGAUGCCAUCUCUGCCUUUUACAACAUUGAUGCUAGCCAGUCGUCCCUCUAUCCCUCUGCUGUAAAUUUCUCCAAUGUCAUGAAGAUCACGGGCUGCUCUGCACUGACAAACCCGAGCUUUCAGUUUGAAAUUGUGUCACGCACGCGUUGGUGUGAAGGCAACCCGAAGUUGUUUCGGCCCCUGGCUGGGCAGUGUCCUGUAUCUUGUGGCUGUGUUGGGGCAAGUCCCUUGCCAGUGUAUUGUCCCAGCAGCUGCGAAGCAGCUGUGACAUCUGCAUGA